AUGUCGAAAAAACGAUUAGAGAAUAUUGAUCAGCUUAUACGAAAAAAUAUUCAUCUGCUACCAAAUCGGGCAUCAAACAUGACAGCAAUCGAAAUGUGCUCCACUUCAUAUUGUAUACCGCCGUUUAAAAAUUUUGAGGGCGAAAUUCGAGAAGCCGCCCAAUACAAACUAUCGGCAUGCGUUGUUCAAAAGUCGAUGUCAACACUGAUGACGUCAAUUUUUUGCUAUCUUUCAAACGAGACGCGAUUCAUCAACAAUAAUCGCGAUAUUCUCAGAGAUUGGAAGAUUAUAAGACUGUGCGAACGCAAAAACGAGUUUCGCAGUUUGAACGGGCUGUUUAAGAGACAUCAACUUGCCAACAAUUCCGGAUGGACUCACAUCAUGCUGACGCGACAUCCGAUUGAGCGAUUCGUUUCGGGAUUUGUCGACAAAUGCUACAGAAAACCCGUCAAGAAGGAAUUCUGCAAUGGAUGCCAAAUGAACCUGACAUGCUUCUUGCAAACCGAAUUUCAGCGAAUGCGAAGCGAAGCGGAAAGUCGAAAAUUUCAAAAAAGUUUCGAGGAUCGCCAUUUUUUCCCACAAUCUUGGCGAUGUGACCUUUUUCGAUUCUUUAAGAACUUCACAUUCAUACCGUAUACUUCAAAUACCUCAAAGCCGAUUACUGACGAGUUGUUCAAGAUUUUUCGGAAACACGAGGUACCUGAAUCGUCACUUCGCUAUAUAGAGAACGCUCUUUCCACCGGUCGGACAGCUCAUAGUACCGUCGAUUCGAAGGCAACAAAAUUCAUCCAAAAACGACUUCUUCAAAGCCCCUACCUUAUGGAGCUUCUUGUUCGAAUGUUCUACCACGAUUUUGUAGCUUUUAACUAUACUUUGCCAUUUUAA